AUGGGUAAACAUCAUACGUUUAGAGCAGAUGUCCUCCAUGCUGUUCGACAGGAGGAUGCCGACAAGCUGGAGGUGCUGUUCGACAGUCGGCGUACACCACUCCCUACCCAUCAUCCAGUAUUGACGGAUGCUUUUCAUGAAGCUUGUAUUCACGGAAAAUUGGAUCAUGCUCGCUAUCUACUCGACAUCAACGUCUCACCAAAUUGUCGCGAGUCACGACAUCGUCGAACGCCAAUGAUGCGAGCGACUUCCGUCGCUGUCGUGGAGUUCCUGAGGCACGCACAUGCGGACAUCAACGCUCGGGACAGGGAUGGAAAGACGGCACUUAUGCUGUCCAGGCACUACGAUGUCUCAAAAUAUCUCGUCGAGCAGACCAAAGCUGAUGUCACGCUCUGCGACAACGAGGGUCACACUGCACUCGUCAACGUGCUCCUAGACUGUAGGAGAGAUUUGAGAGACGCGUCCAAACGUAUAGCGAUCUUGCUGAUUGACAAUGCCGAAGUAGACAUCAACGCCGCUGACCCUCAAGGCCGCACAGUCUUGAUGACUGCUGUUUGGAGGAACGAGCCCGAUGUUGUCCGUCACUUGCUGGAAGAUCCGCGGAUCCAUAUCAAUAAACCUGACGUUCGCGGCAGAAAUGUGCUGCAUCAUCUAUGCGAAGAUGCUGUCAGAGCAGAGCGAUAUCGAAACAAUUGUGCAGAUCAAGAUGACGAGGACAUAGCAAAUUUACUGCUCGCCAGUGACAUCAAUCUCAACAAACGUGAAGACAUAGUUGGUAGGACUCCGUUGCACUGCGCUUUGAUCUCUCGAAACCAAGUGCUGGCUAUCAAGCUACUUGAUUCCAAGAGACCUCUGGACUUGACUCUGUUGGAUAGCAGGAAGUGGUCAGCCUUACACUUUGCUGCUUCGGUUGGCAUGCACGAGCUCGUAACAAGACUCCUCAAGACCGCCACCGUUGCAGAUGUCGAGACAGCAGAUGGACAGACGCCCUUCCAGCUUGCUGCUAGAUUUCGAGGAGAUGCCGUGAAGACGUUGGAACAACUUCGACCUGGUAGCGACAUAUUCAGAAAGACAGGACACAGCAAAACCGCACUGCACCUGGCAGCAGAAAUUGGCAACCUCGCAACCACGGAGUACUUACUCAAAUACUUUGUCGAUCCUAUCGUCAAUGCAAAGGAUGACUUCGGAGACAGCGCCCUACUAUGUGCGGCAAGAUCUGGCCAUACCGCUAUCGUGCACUUACUCCUACCACUGCUACCACUGAGUACAUCUAGUGCUACUGUGUCAUCAGAAGAAAGUAAGGCCGCGGCAGGGACCACUGCGACCGUGGUCGACUUUGUUGGCGUCAACAUCAAAGUCACCUCUCGACGAGUGCAUGACCUGGUUUAUGAUCGAUCGUACUCAUCACCGACAGUCUCCCUCAAGGCAGAGUUGCAACGUUCAACAGGUGAAGAUGCCAUUACGGUCGACGAUGACGAGCAAGACAUAGCUCGAUUUCGCUGGGUUCAUCUCCCUGCAAAUGAUGUGACCUGGUGUAAACGACUGUUCUUGAAACUUCUUCUGGAGGAAGACAGUAAAGUGCACUUUGAGACCUUCAAGGCUCUCGAGCAGUCGUUCGAUCAUCAGCAGAGAGGAAAACACCUACAUGCCUGCUACAUGCGGCCCACUUGCCAUCACAACCCAAGUGUGUCUCGGAAGAAAGCACCUAUCGACGACGAGGAGCAUGCUAUCUACGAUGACGAUGUUGAAGAUACCAGUGACGCAGGGACGCAUAGUCAAGGGGGCCAAGGAACGCAUCAAUCAUCACGUCGACAUUCUCAUGUCAGAGCCAAGUCACUGGGUGCGACACACGACUCGCUGCAGGAUCGCAAAGUCAUUGACGAGCAGAUCUCAGGGCUGCGUGAAGAGCUUUGGGUUCCUGACAAUGUCUACCUAUUCAUGCCGUACUUGCACUACGAGACGCUUGGCAAUCGUGACCUAAUGCUUAGGGCUGUAUGCAAAGCACACGAUAAAGACCCAGGACAAGGCCUACCGCGGUCACAUCGUCACCAUCCAAGGAUAUGUUCCAACAUGUCGACGAUCAGUGGUAGUGCACUACUGGGCACCAAGAAGCGAGUUAGCUCGGGCGGAAAGCAGCACCAGUCGGCACCUGAGCCCACUGCGGACGAGAACCUGAUCUACGCCCACGCCAUGCCAUCGUUGGCAACCCUACAAAUCAGGCGGACUCUUGACCAAUUCUUCUAUCGCACAAUAGACACGAGCCAGCGUGACAUCGAUCAGGUAAUCUACAGAGAGCAGAAGAGACAAGCCUGGGAUGAUGUCGAGUUCGAUACAACUGCUAAACUUUCGGCUCCUGAAGCCAGGAGUAAGGUGAGAGAUAUACAUCGCAACGCCAACAUCAUCAUGGUGGAUCAGUUGUGGUUAUGGAUUGUCCGUGAUGAUCUCAUUGUCACCAGCUUCCCUCGUGGUUGGAACAAGGACCAUGACAACGACGAGCACGGAGUGUGGCAGGCAAUAUGUAACGAUCUGCAGCGUCCUGGUCGUCAGCCUGUCCUAGGCGUUCACGAGCUUGCCACCAUAAUUACCGGACACUGCUACGGAUGGGUGGACAGGCGCGACGCGAGCGACAGUAAUCUCCUGUUCAUGAACAUGUUUGAGUCAUCCCUUGGAUAUGCUAUGGAGGAGGAAGUCCGACUGUUCAGGGCAUUCCAAAAGGCUUCGGAGAAAGCGUCAGUGUGGCUGAAAGAGAUCCGCGGGCAUCCAGUAGAGCCGUUACGGCAGACGAUGUACGAGCGCUACGCCAUGUCUGUACCCGAUCUUGAUGACGAAGCAGAGGAGGAUGAUACCGGGCAGCAGAACAAGGCAUCGAAUGCCGAGCCUGCUUUCGUACAGACCUUGCUGGAUAUUGGUGCGGAGACACGUCUGCUGCGAGAGGUCAAGGAUAUCAGAGACGAACUCGACAUGCUGAAGAUGAUCUACGAGACGCAAGAGACCCACGUACCAGAGAUGUUCGACCACCUUGUUGGCUUGCUGCCAGAGCGCGACGAGCAACGCAAACGGAUUGAAGAGCUUCACCAGGACCAAGUCCGGCAUAUCACGUACCCACUACGUGAUAUUAAAAGAAUGACUACGCAAGCAGAGCGAAUAUACAACUCCAUCCGCGACCUACUCGACCUCAAACAGAAGCAUGCAAAUGCCAUGCAGGCAACCGACACUGCGAGACAAGGCAAGACCCUAAUGGUCUUCACGAUCGUGACAGUCAUCUUCCUGCCCUUGUCAUUCUUGGCUGCGUUCUUCGCAAUCAAUGUAACACAGUUCCCGCACCAAGGCAAAGAUGGCGGUCUCCAGAUGUCACUAUCAUAUGUAUCAAGCUAUGUCUUCGGGAUUGGAUCUGCGAUCGCGCUGCUGUGUGUAAUCUUUGCUUGGUCGGCUGAAAAGUUGGACAUCCUCCGUAUCCAUAUGCAACGAUCAACCAGGCUGUGGUGGCGAGGUUUAUGGGCAACAACAGCGAAACCACCGACCGCGAAAACACCUCCACCAGCGUCUGCGCCUCUCGUUCCCACCGUGGCACCGGCGCCACCCAGCUCCCAAACUUCGAAUGACCGCGAUCUGGAGAAUCAGAAGACUGCUUCAUCGCCGCCAAAGGACUCGGAAAUCACUAGAUGGCGGGGCUCUAGGCAUCACAGCAAAAGCUAA